AUGACUACGCUUCAGGCAAUCAGCAAAUCUGCUGCGUCUUUCACGACGAACAUUCUUAUUAUUGGCGGUUCGUACGGUGGUCUUUCUGCGCUUCAGAGACCUUCAACGAGCCGAGUCUCUAUUACGCUCAUCGAGCCUAAAGCUGGGCUUCUUAAUGUGCUUGGGGUGCCUAGAGCCAUUGUGGACCCUGAGUUUGCCAAAACACAGUAUGUGCCGCUCCAGAACCUCCAGGACUUGUUUUUUGACCAUUUGGUGUCUGACGAUGACUAUGUGUUGCGGGAGCUUGGCGCCAAUGUGAAGGUUGAGAACAACGAGCAUUUGGAGAUCACUUAUGCCCAGGGAAGCGUCACUCGCUUGGAGAAGGAUAGCGCCGAGUACACUUUGAACGGUAAAACUGGUGGUCUGGCGAAGAUCUCGUUUGAUUACUGUGUGGUUGCUGCGGGCCGGAACCGGUCGUGGCCCACUUCGCCAGAUGCUUAUAACUACGAGAGUUACCUUAAGGAGAUGGUGGAAUUUAAUGCUCAGGCGAAACGUGUUGAAAAAAUAGCUGUGGUGGGUGCCGGUGCUGUGGGUAUUGAAAUCGCUGGUGACAUUAAAACUAAACAUCCAGAGAAAGAGGUGGUUUUGAUCCACCCUCACGAAAAGUUCCCUCCUGAACCACUUACAGAUGCUUUUAAGGAUAUGGCUCGUGAGAGUCUUGAACGUGCUGGUGUCAAGGUUAUGACAGGCUUGCGUGUGAAGCAGGAGUUGGAAAACCACGAUUUGGAACUUACCAACGGCGAGAUCAUCGAAGCAGACUUCACAUACUGGUGUAACGCUUUCAAGAACAACACCAACCUUUUCACUGGCGACAUGGCUCAGUUUGUGUCGUCCAAAAAUAACAUCCAUGUGAACGAAUAUGGCCAGCUCUUCCAUCCAGACAACAAGACUCAAGUCGAUAAUGUCUUCUGUAUUGGCGACAUGGUCGAAAAGCCUAUAAUCAAGUCAGCAGGUUGGGCGCUCUACAUGGGCAGACAGGUAGCUAACAACUUGGCGGGACUCAUUCUCGACCAAAAGCUCGUGGAGGAGUUCCCAGACUUGACGCAAAUGCCCCGUGGUAUGGUUCUUGUGGCAGGCAACGAAGAGAUUGUGUCUGAGCUUACAGGAGAGGUGGAAUUAAACCACAAGGGUUACGUUGAAGAGUAUAAAGAUUACUGUUUCGGUAAGGUGAGAGUGACGCUAGGAGCCUAG